AAUAGAUUUAAAGUUAAUGAAAAAGUAUUUAGAAUUUUAUAUAUAGAUACAAUUUGCAAAUUGAUUUUAUCAUUCUUUACAUUAUUAUGCUUAUAAGUAUAUAUUGUGCUGAAAAUAUUACAGUAUGAUAUAUACACACACAUACACACACACAUGUGGUGAUAUAUAUAUAAAUAUAUAGUGAUAUAUAUUGCAUUAUCAUCUCAUUGUGAAAGCUGAAGCUACAUCUCAAGAAAAUUGAAUAGAUAUUGACAGUGACUGUAUUCAAUAGAACAAACAACUUGCAAUUGGUAGCAAUUGAACGUGAUUACAUUUAGAAUCAAUAAAUUUAAAUCAUAGAAUGUUAAUAAGACUCGUGAGAGGCUCGUGCAGAAGCCAAACAGUUACUUCAUAGACGUCAAGUGUCCUGGCUGUUAUGCCAUCAAACUCAAUAAGUGUUCUGCUGAACAUAAUCAAUAAUUUGCAACUUGGUGAAAAAAAUCAAGAAAUGUCACAAAAGAAGAGAGUCCUUAUGGUUUGUUUAGGAAAUAGUUGUCGCUCCCCUAUGGCAGAGGCAGUGUUUCAAGAUCAAGUGCGAAAGAUGGGUUUGUCUGAUUUUUGGGAAGUUGAAAGUGCCGCUAUUAUGGCAUAUCAUGUAGGUAAUGCUCCAGAACCUAGAGCAAUGUCAACUCUACAAAAAGAAGGAAUUACAAAUUAUUCUCACGUCGCGAGACAAAUCACAACAAAUGAUUUCUAUAAUUUUGACUGGAUAUUUGGAAUGGACAAUUAUAUCACUCAUGUACUAUGUGAUAUUAGACCAAAAAAUAGCCGAGCAACGAUUGAAUUACUUGGAACAUAUGAUCCAACUGGAAUAGUUGGCAUAAAAGAUCCUUUAUUUGAUGUUGGCAGUGAUGGAUUUGAGAAAGCAUUGCAACAAGCUUCAAGGAGUGUGCGCUUCUUUUUAGAAAUAAACAUGAAAAAUAUGAACAAGGAGUGUUCAGGGAGCGCGCUUUUAGCGCUAUGAGCGUGCUCUGUCCUUGUUUUACUUUCAGCGAGUAACAGAGACAGAAUGAUGCUGUCAGCCCUAAUAACGUCUCUCCCAACAUAUCCCAAAAAAUAAAAUCAGAAAUUUUAAGUUUAGAAAUAAUAGAAAUGCUAAAAUAUUUCAAAAAGAAAUGAAAAAAAGAAAAUUCGUAUAAUUUGUAUUUCUGAGCAGAUUUUUUGUACGUUACAUAUCAUUAUACAUCAUAUUUUUAAGAUUAAAAA